GCCGUGUUCGAGCGAUUUAGAUUUUUGCAAGUUGAGAAUUCUGCUACGUGGCUAAUAUUCAAUCCCGUCGUUCACAUCUAACCUUUUCGUCGGGGUUGUGAGAGAUUGUGAUUUGAUUGCCUUAUUUAAUACUAAAAGAAUUGAUCUUUGCACAACCAUACAUGUCUCACACGACCUACGUGCUUAUCGUGAUGGGCCCUUGUGGCUGCGGAAAAUCAGAAGUUGGUCAAAAGGUUGCCAAUCUUUACAAGUCUACCUUCGUUGAUGCAGAUGCCUUUCAUCCGAAGGAAAACGUCAAGAAAAUGGGAGAUGGGAUUCCACUCACAGACGAGGACCGCAUUCCCUGGUUGAUGAAGGUGCGAACAGAAUUUUUGAAGUUUGCGACAAACCCUUCAUCUUCGGAGAAGAACAAGGUGGCUGCCGUCGUGGGAUGCUCCGCUCUAAAGAACAAGUACCGGGACAUCCUUCGAGGGGAAAUCCCCCAUCCUGCCGUUUCUUCUUCGGAUGAUAGUACCAAUAAUGCUGCCACUACUGGGGACGUCAAGCUGCAUUUUAUUCUGCUUAACUGCUCCCGGGCCAUCCUCGAACAGAGGUUGACUCAAAGGUCAGGUCAUUUCAUGAAGUCCGGCAUGUUGGAGAGUCAACUCAACACUUUGGAAUAUCCAGAGGGGCAAGAAUUACAGAGUUUUUCAGUGGUAAAUGGAGACCUUGAGUUGGUUGACGUGGUCGAGGAGAUUGAGACAAAAUUAAAACAUAUUAUAUAAGCUGUUCAAUAACAAAAGCAAAAAUAAAAUCAAUCGGAAAACUUGAGACUA